AUGGUCUCGUCCAACGACGUGCAGCGCCUUUUCUUGCAAGCCGUUCUCUCGCGGAGGGUCAUGACCAGAGAGAUUGCGCUGAAGCUCUGGGAAAAUGCAUUGACGCCGUCAAAGAUCAACGAGGCCUUGAACCCCAUGAACAUGGAAUUCGCGCAGAUGUCGGACGAGAUUACGGGCAAAGAAAUGUGUGCUCUCGUCAAUCGCAAAGGCGACGAGGUCGCGCAGCUAGCUACCGAGUAUACGCCGCUCGAGAUUGCCUACUUCAAAGCAGUGCUCCAUCAAAUCAUGUCGGCCCCGAACGAAGCCUUUUGCAUAUCAUCAAUGGCAGCCCUGCGAGAGACGAACAACCUAAACAUGACCAAGUCACAAGCCGAGGUCGUCCUCUCGAGCUUCGUGGCCAAAGGAUGGCUUAUCAAGAGCAGGUCCGUAAUUUGUCUAUUCGAGUUCUACAAAUCACCGACCGGUGCUGCCGUUCUCACCCAGACGCGGUCGAUAUUCUCUUUCACUACGCACUUUGAUCGAGUUGCUGCCAUACCUCCGAAGCACGCCGAGGCGGAGGCGGAGCCUUCGCAACCCUCGCAAGCAUCUCAGCCAUCCCAGCCCAAGGGCACACAGGCAAAGAAGAACAAGAAGAAAGCGGUCCGCGAGGACAGUAUGGAUAUUGAUGAGGACGAGCCGGAGCCCGAACCUGAGCCCCGGAAGACUCAGAAGCGCAAGAGCCGUCGGUGA